ACCUGGCCAGUAGCACACAGGCAGCCACUCAGGUGACAGAAAAGAAAGAGCGCUCUCAGGUAGAUUGAUAAAGAGAGAGCGAGGGGGAAGGAAAGGACAGCAGUUCGGUACAUGAAGGCAGAGGGAGGGUAAGAAGGAACGAAGGCUGUAAACAAAUGAACUGCGGCUGAAGUGAGGCGCACCUGGAGGCUGGACUGACAACUGUAAUCGUCAGACAGGACUCUGUGUUCCUGGGAUGGCUGCUUCACUGCGCUGCAACAAUGGCAAGAAAAAAAUAACUGGAGAAAUGCACAGAAAGGGAGGCGUAUGAAAACUGCAACUGGGAGAGAAAAGCCCACUGAAAAUACAAGAGAAGAGAAGACUGACCAGAGAGUCCAGGAGUGAAAGCAAAGGAAGAUUAAAAACAUCCGUGCACUUUGCUCACUUUACUGUGAGGAUAUCUCCAGCAGCUUCUUCCCUCCACCUCCCCCAUCAUGGCGUCUCUGGGGAUGCAGAUGCUGGCGAGCGCCUUGUGCCUCCUGGGUUGGGCAGGGAUCAUCAUCAGCUGCAUAAUGCCCAUGUGGCGGGUUACAGCCUUCGUGGGGAGCACCAUCGUCACCUCCCAGACCAUCUGGGAGGGCAUCUGGAUGACCUGCGUGGUCCAGAGCACAGGACAAAUCCAGUGUAAACCUUACGAGUCUCUCCUUGCUCUCAGUGCAGACCUGCAGGCCGCCAGAGCUCUCACCGUCCUCGCCAUCGCCACAGGCAGCAUGGGCCUCAUUCUGGCCUUCGUCGGAGGGAAGUGCACUCGCUUUUUGGAUGAAGAGGGAGAAAGAGUUAAGGGAAAGGUGGCUUUAGCUGCAGGGGCAGUGUUGAUUGCCACAGGUCUGCUGUGUUUGAUUCCCACAUCAUGGGCGGCCGGCGCCGUCGUGAGGAAGUUCUACAGCGCCUCCAUCGAUGCUCAGCGGAGGGAGAUUGGAGCCUGUCUCUACAUCGGCUGGGGAGCGUCCAUCCUACUUAUUCUGGGAGGGGGUUUGUUCAUCAGUUCCUCAUGUCCACUCAAAGCCCACAACACAGACAAGAGCCCCUCGGUCCGCUACCUGGUGGUCCGCUCUUCCAACGGGUCCACCCAGGUGGGUCCUUACCGAAGCAGAGUACCAACAGAAAAGUCUCAGCCUGUUGGAGCUGUGUUGCCCAGGUCUCAAAGCUACGAGGGGGCUUCAACAAAGUCUCAGCCGUACACAAGGCCUCCCUGGGAGGACAAGCCGGGGCAGGGCUCGAUGCAGGAGUCUGAGAGAUCGUGGGCACCGUCAACAAAGUCUCAGAUGAAAAGACUGGAGUCAACAAGAUCUGAGGACAGUGACGCGCCAUCUACCAAGUCUCAGCUGAAACGAGCAGAAAUGGAAGACGAUUUAUCAGUUGAGGGUGAAAAUGAAGACGCGUCUGCAAAUCCAGCAAGAACGUACCUGUAAUGUGGGCACACACAGAUACACACAAAUGCAAGUCUAUUAGAAGUAGUUUACUCACUUGUUAUUUUUUCUUAUUGUAGUUGAUAAGUGUGGCAUUGUAGUUAAGCAGUGGCCUUUACUCCACCAAGAGUUUUUGGUUUUAGAUUGGAUAGAACAGCUUGAGAAGGGAAGACUCAGGCUGGAACUGAAGCCCCGGCUGAGGACUCACAAGCAUUAGCAGGACGCCCCUCCUCCAUGUUGUUUUCAUCGAAGGACAGAUGACAGAAGGUCUGGACUGUGUUCACCAAUGUCCAGGAGAAUAGCAGCGAUACCAUUUUGCACUAAAACUGAAUAUAAACCAAAUACAAAAACAAACUAAAUCCAGGUGCAAGUGAAGUAUGCCAUCGUUUUCUUAUUUUUCAGACAUGACAAAUAAUGGUUUGUGUUGACUAAUAUCCUUUUUUACUCACAGGUUAAAUGCACUAUAUAUAUAUAUAUAUGUAAGGAUGGAUCCGAAUUUUACCUCAGACCUUAUUUUCUUCUUUCUUAUUUACACUUACAUUUUAAAAGUUACACUUACUGUAUGACAAAAGCUGCAAACAGGAGCGUUUGUGAAGACAUUGCUUUUCGCCAAAACUGUGAAAUGUGUUUUCAUGUAUGUUAUUUGGUCAAGAAAUACUGAUAGACAUUCAUAUGUUUAUGUUUCAAUAAAUGACUGUAAUUUAAUCAUGGAGGUCAUAUCCCUUUUUCUUGUAUCUAGGUGUAUUGCAAAAAUCUCAUACAUGAGCUGAAAAGAGCUUUUUUCUUUGAGGUUGACAGCGUCCCCCCUGGACUUUCAGUCCUCUCCAUGGCUAUUAAAAUCUACAGGACAAACU